AUGGUAUUGUUGUGGGUGGAUGUUGAGGUUGGGGUUGCAUGGGUGGGUGGUGGGUGGUGGGUUUGUUUGGCUGGUAUACUUGAUUUAAUUUGUUUUGUUGUAGGUGUUAGUGGUAUUGUCACUUUGAUUGAUGUGCUGUGGAUAUGGGUGUUGGUUUGUUGUUUAUUUCAUUAUUAUUUGAGUUGGGUGAUUUGUGAUUUGUGGUUGUACUAUUGGUUGCUUUGUGGUGGAGUCUUGGAGUUGGAGGUGUGUUAUUGUUUUGGAGUCUUGGAAAAAUCCUUGGAAAAAAUUGGGAAAAAUAGGUCAGAUUUUCGGAGAAUUUUUUGGAUUUUAGGGGUGUUCAACUUUUUUGGAGGGAAAUUCAUGCAUGUUCCCCGUUGUUAA